AUGGCAGCAGCGGCAGCCGUCGUCGGGGGCAUGGUCGCCUCGGGCGUCAUCAAGGUGGUGAUAAAACAGAUCGGAUCCGCCAUCGGGGGCAAGAUCAAGCUGCACAAGAAACUGACCGAAGACCUGGAGAAGUUGAAGAUGACGCUGGAGUCGGUGGAGGCCGCGCUCAGCGACGCCGAGAGGCGGUCCAUCACGGACAGAUCGGCGCUCCUGUGGGUGAACCGGCUCAAGGCCGCCAUGUACGACAUCUCUGACAUGCUUGAUGACUACGAAUCUGACGCCAGCCUGUUCGGAGCUAUGAGGAAGAAGAUUAAUAUGCCAGACAAGAUGAAGAAGAUGCAAGAGAGUCUACAGAAGAUAACAGAAGACCGUCAGAACUACUGUCUUCCGCCAGAAACUCAUACCAACGAGCACCAACUUCCAGAUAUCAGGGAAAAUGCAGGGACCAUAGAGGAAGCAGAAAUUAUUGGGAGGGCCAAGGAAAAACUGGAAAUCUUGGCUCGAUUAUCUGGGAGCACCACUGAACGAACCACCUUCCUCCCCAUAUGGGGCUUUGGAGGCAUUGGAAAGACCACCUUGGCAAGAUCAGUUUACAACGACCCUGAGUUUAAAAAUCACUCUCGGGUAUGGGUCUAUGUUUCCCAGAUAUUUGACUUGAAAUUUUUUGGAAAAACUAUAAUAUCGCAACUAUCAAGUAUUAACAUUUGCUUGCAAAAGCUACUCACUGAGAAGAAGAAUAUUUUGAUCAUUUUGGAUGACCUGUGGGAGAAGCAUCCUUCUCAACUAGAACAAUUAAAGGAUAUGCUGAAGCAGGGUGAGGGAUGCAAGGUGACGGUUGUAGUUACCACACGGGAUGAAGGUAUUGCAAAUGAGAUUGGUACUGUUCAGCCAUACAACUUGCCUCAAUUGUCAGAUGAGAUGUGCUGGGAUAAAAUUAGGCAGAAAAGUAAAUUUGAAACAAGGGAUGACAAACAAAGGUUGGAGCCCAUUGGAAGGGAUAUUGCAAAGAAGUGCAGAGGUGUAGCUUUAGCUGCUCAAUCACUUGGACACAUGUUGAAGUCCAGGCCGCACAGAGAAUGGAAUUCGGUGAAAGCCAAUCACAUAUGGGAUCUAUCUACUUCUACAGAUGCAUCACCAGGAAAUGAAGUGCUUGGAUCCUUGCAGUUAAGCUACAACUUCAUGCCUCCAUACUUGAAGUUAUGCUUUGCCUAUUGUGCAAUCUUUCCAAAGGGUCACAAGAUGAUUAAAUAUGAUCUGAUUCAUCAACGGAUUGCUCUUGGAUUCGUGGAGGCAUCUAGUACAUUCUCUCUUGGUCCAAUCAGAACUGCCCGGAUGGGUAGGAGAGUUGUCAUCUCUUCAGCAACUGGUGAUAACGCACUGCAGGAACCUAGAGGAAUUGCCCGAUAUCAUGAGCCAACUCAAACAGCUGCAAACAUUAGCAGUGGUUAUGUGUGA